AUGGAUCACACAUCCAGGUACCGAAUCAAAAUCGGGGUGGUGCUUUGUUUGUUUUUCAUUUGUUGGUGUGUUAUGAUUCACAAUGUUAAAUGGUACGAUUUAUCUUCACCUAUAACCGCCUUCCGCCACCAAGGAAACACCGUUGAAAUUGUAGAUACGAACACGACGCAUCCCGCCGCCACAGAAUCCGAGAACAGUACCACCGGUGAUGAUAAGACCAAAGUCGACGAUGAGAUCGAUUGGCUUAAGGAUACGACUCAAUUGCAAGCACUGGAGGAAGAAUUAGAACCUGUACUAGAAAAAUUCAAACCCAAACCGGAGGAGAAGAAGAAGAAGCAUAAUAAAACGACAAACGAGAAAGGUUCAGAGCAGAUGGAAGAGAAACGGAAACAGAAAUCACAUGAUAGGAGAGUGAAUGAAACAACGAUCGAGAAAGUAGCCGAGCAAUUGGGGCGACAACGGACUGAACGGAGGAGGCAUCGAUCAACGAAACGAUCAUGUUCUGGCCGGUAUAUUUACGUUCACGAUCUUCCGGCGAGAUUCAACGAUGACAUCCUUGACGAUUGUCGAUCGUUCAACAAAUGGCAAAACAUGUGCCCUUCCCUGGAUAACAAUGGUCUCGGGCCCGUUCUCGGUAACUCUCAAAGGGUUCUCUCCAGAUCCGGUUGGUAUUCCACGAAUCAAUUCCUACUGGAAGUCAUUUUCAGGAAUCGAAUGAAGCAAUACGAAUGCCUCACGAACGAUUCAUCAACAGCUUCCGCCAUUUACGUCCCGUACUUCGCCGGACUUGACGUUUCCCGAUACCUAUUUGACCACAACACCUCGUCUCGAGACGCGAUUUCUCUUGAUUUAGCCGAAUGGUUACGUAAACGACCGGAAUGGGAGAUAAAUUCCGGGAAGAACCACUUCCUCGUUAUCGGGAGAAUCACUUGGGAUUUCCGACGAGAUACCGACGACGAUGACGCUUGGGGAAGUAAACUAAUGUCAUUGCCGGAGUUCAAAAACAUGACGAUUUUAACGAUUGAGAAAAGCCCUUGGCAUAAUAACGAUUUCGGCAUCCCUUAUCCCACGUAUUUCCACCCGGGAAACGAUCUUCAGAUCAUUGACUGGCAGAACAAGAUGAAAAGACAAAGGCGGCGAGCGUUGUUCUCUUUCGCCGGCGCUCCACGUCCGGGAAUAGAAGAUUCAAUCCGAGAGAAAAUUAUCGAGCAAUGUAUCGCAUCCAUUCCAAAAUGCAGGCUACUACGAUGUUCGUAUUAUAAUUUAAAGUGUUACCAGCCGAUUGACGUGAUGAGAUUAUUUCAAAAUUCAGUCUUCUGCUUACAACCUCCCGGUGAUUCAUAUACCCGUAGGUCUACUUUCGAUUCGAUUCUCGCCGGUUGCAUUCCGGUGUUCUUCACCCCUGGUUCUGCUUACAUUCAAUAUAUAUGGCAUUUGCCACGAGACUUCCAUAAGUACUCAGUUCUUAUCGACGAGGAAGACGUGCACCAUAAAAAUGUCAGCAUCGAGCAGGUUUUAUCGCAGAUUCCGGCUGCGAAGGUGGCGGAGAUGAGAGAUGAAGUGAUCAGAUUGAUUCCUCAGGUGGUUUACGCUGAUCCGAAGUCGAAAUUGGAGAAAUUUAAAGAUGCGUUUGAUCUGAGCGUCGAUGGGGUUCUUGAACGAAUGGAUCAUCUUAACAAAAGCGAAUCGAGUUUUGAUUUUGAUGAGAAAUCGAGUUGGAAGUACUUGUUGUUUGGAAGUGUAGGAAAGCAUGAUUGGGAUCAUUAUUUUCGUUACUCUAGGAAUCAGAAAGUGAAAAAAUCCGAAACAGAAGAUAACUAA